GGAAGCCGUACUUUGUUAGGAUUCUGAGCGGUCAGAUAGCUGGUAACAAUGACAAGAAGCUGCUUUAUGGGGAAUUUUGUCAGUUUUGUUGCUAAACAACCAACCCAUCUAUGAGGACUGCUCCAUCUGAGGAGUACCAAUAUGGCGGACGGUGGCUUCAAAACCUCUCAUUGGGCAAUAUGAAUAAAUAGCAAUCUAGGGUUUAUAUACAUCAUUGGUAAAAAAUAAUAAUAAUUUAAAAAACAAGUGACCGGGUCCAAAAAUCUGACCGUGUCCAUUCGAAUCCGGGUCUAAUUGUCCUCGUUCUGAUCUGGGACCAAUGUUUUGGACCUGUGAAGUAGGGCGUCAAUUGGGCAAUAUGGCAGUCACCAUUCCCUACCUAGCGCAACACCAACAAUUUAAAAUUGGCAACUAAAAUCAUUUCAAUCCCAAUUAAAAGGAAAAUGCAGUUUAGCAGGAUUAGAGGGCUGGCUUUAGGAACAUGCAGAGGGCUCAGAGCAGGGCGAGAAGGCUGUUUGCCCAGCUAGCUGGCUUUAGGACUAUGGACAGAGAGAACAUUGACGCAGUUCUAUAAGAUGGCUAGGUAACUGUUUGACUUGACGUGUAACUAAACUUUUGACCCCUGUGCUGAGCUAGUGCGUAGUAGCUAAUUGCAGUAUGACAUGUUUGUAGAAUGUUAAGUCCCCUAUCGACUGAGGUGAAUGAAGCUACAGCAGCCAAUGUGAUAAUGGCUGGAGUGCAUUUAGGUUGUUUUUGCUGUUCUCCUAAAUGCAUUUGAGAGUUUUUGAAUUGUGUAGAAAUGCAGUAAAUGAGCUUAAUACCCUAGGUUUAGAUUAAAUGACACCCCUGCCAUGAAGACCUCAACCCCUGGGAGCUUCAAGCUUACAGCUUGAUCAGGUUUGUCACUAGGGGGUGCCAUCCAACCAACUAUGUGGGUUUCAUACUGUACUGCUCUGAAGGAGGGCCCAAAAGUUAUAUAUCUUGUCCCAUAAUAAGUCCCAUAUCUUCUCUUGCUGCAAAAUGUUGCCUCCAUGCUGAUUUAAAAUAGUUGCCUACACAGCUGUCUAGAACUACGUGGACAACCUUUUACAUAACAGAAGUCCAAUUUUUGUUAACUGUUGCUGCCAACUACUUUAUAGUCCUGACAUGGAAUUUUACAGGCAAAUGACAGUCAAUGCUGUUUUAAAAUACUGUAUGUGGCGACCUCCACAAAGCCCAACAAUAUGAUAAAAUAGAAAUCGGUAUAAAUUAAUGGCACUUAGCCCAAAGUCCGGCAGAUGGCGAUAUAAUGGACUCGGUUUCGUUAGUUUCGUUUUUACCUAAAGUUUGCCAGAAAUAGAAAGUGAAAGUGAUGCUGCGGUAGUCGCCUCAAGUCGCGUCUUUUCCAUAUGAUUUUUUCCCAAGGCUGUGGAUAGUCAAUGAGAUCGAUAAAGGAGGUGGACCCCUUGGACUUCUUAACUCAACAACAGUAGUCCAGCAAUAGAUACGAUAAAACGAUAGCCCUGAUGUCACGAAGAAGUUGCUCAAUGUUCUACCGUAGUUGGAGUCUACCUAUCGAGAGUAGGUCACAAGGCCUAAGAGGUCUGCUGAACUAUGGCCUGUCAUGCUGUGUGAAUGCUCUGCUGCAGUCCUUCUCUGCCACCUGGGAACUGGUAGAUCUGCUAGAAGGGUGGAACCCAGUUGACAAGGAGAGUGUCCCUUUGUAUCUGAGGAAGGUGCUGCUAGCCAUGCAGAGUGACCAAUCCCAGCCUGCUCCUCAUAAAGACUUCCUGCACUGCCUGGACAGAAAUUACAUCCGCAACAAUGUUCAGCAGGAUGCAGAUGAGGUAUUCCUUUCCAUUUUAAACCUUAUCCAACAACAGAUGAGUGACAAGGCCUUGGCUCAGGAGAUUCAGUCUCUGUACAAGGUUACCGUGGAGACAUACCUUCAGUGUCUAGAAUGUACAUACAUCGAAACUGGGACCAGCUUUCUACUCAGCCUCCCCAUGCACAUAAGGGAGAGCCAUGUCUCCCUGGAGGACUGCAUACGGUUCUUCUUCGAGCUUCAGGAGCUAAGGGAUGGAGAUAAGUGCUACUGUGAAAGGUGUGGAGAGAAGAAGCCAUCCAAACAGGGCUUCAAACUCAUCUCCCUGCCCCCUGUCUUGUGUCUUCACCUGAAGAGAUUCCGUAAUUCCCAUGGUUACACCAGGAAACUACACUGCAAAGUCACCUUCCCAGAAACCCUGAACAUUUCUGAGAUCUUGACAGUAGAGGCACUGUCAGAACGUUAUGCACAGAGUGACAGCCAGUACAGUUUGUGUGCAGUCAUAGUGCACUCCGGCGAUGCCAUGUUUGGACACUACACAGCAUACCUUCGUCACAAGGACCAGAGCUGGUACCACGCUAAUGAUAGUUCUGUACGGCAGGUUAGCUGGAAGGAAGUACAGAACACCUAUGGAGGAAGUCAAAGAGAAGGCACAGCAUAUAUGCUGCUCUACAGACGGACCCCAGAGGGAAAGCAACAGGAGUGGUCCUCAGGCUGACGGAGCUAAAGGGAUAAAGAGUGGAGACUGGAGACCGUAGGAAUCAAGGACCAAACACAAGGUGCACAACUACCUAUUGGAGGGGUUGUUGUCUUCAUUUAGCAUUGGGGAUGUCAUUUAUCUGGAUGAUUUUCACUUUAAAAUGAUGGGUAAUGGGUCAUUGUUUAUGUGCAAUUACAUGGAUUUGUUUAAGUAUAUUUGGUGUGGUGUGUAUAUGUUUAGAGGUCUUGUUUAUAUUGGAUAUGUUGGACAUUCAUAGGGCAUUACUGAGCUUAGCCAAUAGGUGGCGGCAAAGACCCUUCACCCUGUCAUUAGUACAGUCAUCUUGUAAACUCCAGAGACUACACCUUCUGAAACCGUUCUGAAACCACUAUAAGACGGGUGGUUUGAAGAGAGUGCUGAGUUGAGGUAUUCUGGGGGGAAACCUGAAAAAGGCCAUUGACUCAUUGGUGAUAAUAUUUGCCUGACAUGGAAACAUGUGACUCACCUUGUUUCAGAACAAUUGGUUUAUACAGUAGUUACCGGUACUCUGUUCUGUUUUGAUUUCACUACCGAUAUAAUGCUGUCAACAGAGAAAUAAACGGUCAUUUUCCCAGCUA